AUGGGCGGCCGCCAGUGGGUGUCCAACGUGCUGCUGUGCGCGGGCCUGCUGUGCGGCCCCCUCCUGGCCGUCUUCUCUGUCCUCAACACCGUCGCCUGGGUCCAGGGCAGCACGCAGGCGAGGGGCGCACGCGCGCCGCUUGUCCUGGCGCUGCCGUUCGGCACGAUCUGCAUCAUCAUCGUGAUCUGGGCCCUGGUGACGUUCCCGCUGACCGUUCUCGGCGGGAUCUGGGGCAAGAACUCGCGCGGGGAGUACAACGCACCCUGCAGGUGCGGGCACUUGGCUGGUGAAAAGGGUUGGGUGUUGAGGGACGCUGUUGGGUUUUUUGCCUCCUGCAUGCUCUUGGAGCUGCCCCAGCACAACCCGGGUUUGCGAGUGCGGUUCGCGGCGGCCUUGACCCAAAUGCCUGAUCAGGCCCUGGCGCCCUUCUUUUGA